AUGGCUCCCCCAAACACCCUCCCAACUCGUCCUCUUGGCAAGGAUGGCCCUCUCGUUCCCCGUCUCGGUCUCGGCCUCAUGGGCUUUAGCGUUGCCUAUGGUAAAGCACGCUCCGACGAAGAGCGUCUCGAAUUCUUGACCAAGGCAUGGGAAAUGGGAGAAACCUUUUGGGAUACAGCCAACCUCUACGGAGACUCCGAAGACCUCAUCGGCAAAUGGUUCGCCGCCAACCCCGAAAAGCGCAAAGACAUCUUCCUCGCCACCAAAUUCGGCAUGACAUUCACGCCCUCCGCCGGCAUAACCAUCGACACCUCCCCCGAGCACUGCCGCGCCUCCAUCGAAAAGUCCCUGCAGCGCCUCGGCCUCCCCUACGUGGACCUGUACUACAUCCACCGCUUGGACGGCAAGACGCCCAUCGAGAAGACGAUGCGCGUCAUGGUCGAGCUCAAGAACGAAGGCAAGAUCAAAUACAUCGGGUUGAGCGAGCCGAGCGCUGCUUCAUUGAGAAGGGCGUACGCGAUUCAUCCGAUCGCUUGUGUGCAGAAUGAGUAUAGUCCGUUUUGUCUCGAGGUCGAGACGAAGACUUUGGAGACGGCGAGGGAGUUGGGGGUGGCGAUCGUGGCGUUUAGUCCGCUUGGUAGGGGCAUUUUGACGGGCGCGAUUAGGGGUGUGGAGGAUGUGCGUGGGGAGGGGGAUAUGAGGCAUACUUCGGGCCUGCCGUGGUUCCAGGAGGACAAUUUGAAGAAGAAUGUGGAGUUAGCGGAUAGGAUUGGGGCGUUGGCGAAGAAGAAGGGGGUUACAGUUGCGCAGUUGACGUUGGCUUGGGUGUUGGCGCAGGGUGAUGACUUUUUUGCUAUUCCUGGGACCAAGUCGGCAGAGAGGCUGAGGGAGAACCUUGGGGCUCUUGAUGUCGAGGUUGAAGAGGAGGAGGAAAAGGAGAUUCGCAAGUUGGCGGAUGAGGUCGCUGGCGCGAGGGUCAUGGAAGCACACUCGCAGGCCAACUACGCUGAUACGCCGCUUGAGGAGUAG